AUGGCAAGUUCAAAAACAAAUUGGAGAUAUUUAGAUGACAUACGUGAUGAACCAAAGCAAGUGUUGAAACCAAUCACAGGCUACGCAAAACUUCCACUGAUGACGCUGGACGAAGCUGUGAAGCCACUCUUGCAUAUCGUCAAUGAAUUACCACAAAAUGUUUGGGUCGCUAAAGAAAAUUGUAAAAAAUGUAUUAACGAACUCACUCAAGACGAAGCGGCAGCAAUACAUUUAUACACAAUGGAAUGGGAUCAGCGAAGUGAGAGUCUGUACGCAAUCCUUAAUCGCACCUUACGCGAAAUCGACAGACAAAAGCUGAUACCGUGGUUCUCAUAUUUAAAAUUACUCCUCACUGCUCUACACAAAUUGCCAUCUGAGAAAGCAAUCGUUUGGCGUGGUGUGAAAGCAGACUUAAGAGCAGAUUAUGACCCGGGUAAAAAACAAGUUUGGUGGGCACUCAGCUCAUGUACCACCAAAAUGAACGUACUUGAAUCUUCCGAAUAUCUGGGUACCUCUGGCAACCGGACAAUGUUUUCGAUUGAAUGUAGCAAUGGUAAAAUGAUCAAACAAUAUUCUUAUUUCGAAAAAGAAGACGAAAUUCUUCUAAUGCCUGGCUCUUAUUUUCAUAUUGUCGAUCAAUUAUGUCCUGCUAAAGAACUAAAUAUUAUUCAUCUAAAAGAAGAAACACCGCCAUAUCCGUUACUAGAGCUACCUUUUAAUAAAACAGCUUCCGAUAAUGGGAAUUCAAGUCUUGUUCAAAGUUUGAGAUCAUUAGAAAUAGAUGACAUCAGUAUUCGAGGGAUUUCGGAUCUUUCUAGCACACCAUUUAAUAAAAAUACACACGGAAUUUGGCUUGAUUCUAAUAUCAAUAAUACACCUAACAAUUUACUAACACAGCAUAAAUUACGAAGCGUCUUUAAUAUUUUACAAACAUUCGAAGUAAAAGACAUUGUAACCCAACUAAAUGAACUUAUGACAAGUUUGCAAAAAAAUAUGAUCUAA